AUGUGCGGUUUCCAUGGCACGACACCCAGUCAAGGCAUCAUUGACCUCAUUCAGCAUCACAACCUGGGAUCGGUCAUUCUGUUUUCGCGCAAUAUUGAGUCGCCGGAACAGACCAAAGAACUGACACGGUCGUUGCAAGAAGUGGCUCGUCUCGCGGGUCACCGUCGUCCUCUCUUUAUCGCGGUGGACCAGGAGAACGGCGUGGUGCGACGUCUCGGUCAACAUGCCACGUAUCUUCCUGGCAACAUGGCACUUGGCGCGUUGAAUUCAUCCUCUGCUGCAAGGGAUGUGGCUCAAGCGACAGCCGAAGAAAUGUUAGCUUUGGGUAUCAACUGGAAUUUGGCUCCUGUGUUGGACGUGAAUAACAACCCUUUGAAUCCCGUCAUCGGCGUAAGAUCGUAUGGUGAAGAUCCCGACUUGGUCGCACGUUUAGGCAUCGCUCAGAUCGAAGGAUACCAAAUCAAUGGUGUCGCUACCAGUGUGAAACAUUUCCCAGGCCAUGGUGACACAGCCACCGAUUCCCAUUUGGGUGUUCCCGUCAUUGAGAAAACCUUGGAUGAUCUCGAAAAGGUCGAGUUGAUCCCGUUCCGCAAAGCGUUUGCCGGUGAUAAGAAUUCGUACCCUACCAGUGUCAUGGUGGCUCACGUAUCGUUACCGCAUCUUAUCCACACCAAGGGUCACGUCGCCAGUUUGUCGUCCGAAAUUGUCAACGACUUGUUGAGAAAAGAGCUAGGAUAUAACGGGGUGGUGAUUACCGAUUGUCUGGAAAUGGAUGCUGUCAAAGAUACCGUCGGCACUGCUCAGGGCGCAUUGGUGGCACUGCAAGCCGGAAAUGAUAUUGCCAUGGUUUCCCACACCUACGAUUCUCAGCGGGACGCUGUGAAUCGAUUGAAGACUGCGAUCACUAACGAACAAGUCGACAAGGAAGCUCUGCAAGCGUCAUUGAAGCGAGUGGCUGAGCUGAAGGAUCGCUUUUUAUCUUGGGAUUCGGUUUUCAAAGACGAUGAUCUGAGCCAAAUUGGUUCUGACAAGCAUCUGAAGCUGAGCAAGCAAUUGUACGACCGUGUACCGACGUUGGUCCGUGACCGUAAGCAACUUUUGCCGCUUCGUCCAAAGGAGUCCGACAAGAUCUUGUUCUUGGCCGCCCACGUUCCUCUGACGCUCGCUAUUGACUGUGAUCCAAGACCAUUCAACCCUUUCCAUGACUCUUUGGUUCGACGCCACAAGAACGUGGAAUACAUCAUCUUUGAUGAAGCGACGAGCAAUUUGACGGAAAAGAUUCAGUCCGCCGACUAUGUGAUUGUCGGUACCGCCAAUGGCAACCUUCAUCCGUACCAAGUGAAUAUGGUGAAACUGGCUCAUGAGCAUGCCAAGAAGCUCAUCACGGUCGCGGUGAUCAAUCCGUACGAUCUCAUGACGUUUACCGAAAUCGACACUCACAUUGUCACCUACGAAUACUCGCCUCCAGCCCAUGAAGCGGCAGUACGACUUAUCAUGGGAGAAAACACAUCGUCCAGCCGAUUGCCCGUGACCAUUCCCGGCGUGGGUUGCGGUAAAAACGAAGAGCGACAGUGCGGAUACCAUGUCAGCGAUUACCACGACAGCGAUCUGAAGGACGUGUUUAAAAUUUGGCAAGACAAUUUCCAAGACACUUGGCCACUUUCGUUCGAUAAAUUCGAAUUGGUUCUACGCACUUCUCAGGAGCCCCGACAUUUUGUGGUUCGAGCGUCUAAAGUAAAGGGCGAAGUGAUCGGUUUUGUUUCCACCCAGAUGGUUGAUUCCGUAGGCCAAGUGGCCUUGCUGAUGGUCGCGCCCCAGUAUCAGAAGCAAGGUGUUGGAUCGUUGCUGCAUGAUCAUGCCGUGGCAUAUCUGCGAAACGCUGGUGCCAAGUCGUUGAAGUUGGGAUCGACGUAUCCUCGAUUCUUUUGCGGCGUACCGGAUGACGAUGCUCAAGGCAAAGCAGCGCAAGACGUUUUCGAGCAUCGAGGAUGGAAGUUUCAGGGCGGACCAGUGUGGGAUCUGAAAGGCGACUUGACAAAUUACGAGACGCCGCAGUUCGUGGUGGAACGUAUGAAAAAUGAAAAUGUAUGGUUCGGUCCUAUCAAGGCGCGUGAAAUCGAUGAUCUGUUUGCGUUCCAGGAACAAUAUUUCCCGUACUGGUUGUCGACCUACAAGCGUCAUGUGGAGGUGGGUGAUUUGCAGGAUCUUAUUGUGGCAAGAGAAGGAGGCGAAAACGGACCGAUUAUCGGCAGUCUUGUGUUGUACACGACCAACCAAUCGAAUGAAAACCGAGCUGAUCUUAUCUGGACGGAUGAAAGCUUGUUUGGUCAGCAAAGUGGUGGCAUGGCUUGCGUUGGUGUGGCAACGGAACAACGCGGUCGAGGGAUCGGAUUAGGCAUUGUGGCGCAUGGUAACCAAGUACUGAAAUCUCGCGGUGUGAAAACGUCCUAUGUCGAUUGGGUCGAGCUGGUUACAUUCUAUGGCCGCUUGUCUUACCAAAAAUGGCGUAGUUAUCGUCUUGGGUUCAUGUAA